AGGCUGUCCGGACACUCGGUAGUGGGGUAGUAAAUCAAAAGCAGAUGGAAAUAUGAAAAAUCAGCCAUUAAAGGAUGUUUUUAGUCCUACAUCAGAGUUGAUAAAUACUUAGUUUUAGAUGCAUUCAUUGUUUGGCAAUAAGAAAACAUGUGCACGAUUCCAAACCAAACAUCAUGUCUCUCUUUGAAUGAGAGACAUGAUGGUGCAGCUGCAGCGCCACGUAACGCCGCAUCUCCUUCUCCAUCAUCUCCUGAUGCCAGUCUAAGCCCCCCCACCGACUUUCUGUGUGUGCAGGUUGGUGACGUAGGGAGACAGGAGGACAGAGAGAAGGGGAGAGAGAGAUGGAUUGAUAGACAAAUGCAGGGAGGGCGGAACUUGGAAUAACUGUGGGGUUUUUUUUUUGUGCCAUCUCGUGAUGAUAGUGGUGAUGAUGAUCGCAGUGGCCGGAUUUGAGGUGUCUGGAUAAAAAAAGAAGGAAACAGGAGGAGGUGUGGAGACCGCUCACUCACAUCGGACCGUAUUUGUUUGGUGAAAUCACAUUUUUUAUAUAGUUUUGGCGUGCGUAAAAGGCGCAGCAAACUAUCCCCCCCCCCCCUGCAACCAGGACUAGAGGUUAAUAUAGGGAAUUUUUUUUUUUUACAAAAAAGGAGUGAACUGAAAACUUGCUUUUGGUGCUUUAUUUUUUAUUACUAAUACUGUAAAUAUCUAAUUUUUGCCUGCCAGUGAGAGAAAUCAAGGAAGAUGAUAUUUGAUGGACACGGAGGUUUCGGGAGCUGGCCGAACCUUCAAUUUCUCUAAAGCAGACCCAGCCAUCAUCAAAUCGCGCAAAGAAAAGCGAAAAAGAAGCCUGACGCUUUAUUAGGCUCAGAACGGGAUGAUUCCUCAAAUCUGAUCAGACUUUGACUCGUUUUUUAAAAUUAUUCCUGCAUGAGAAGCUCCGUGGAAGGUGACGGUCACUAUGCCGAGGAGAAAGCAGCAAGAGCCGCGGCGUUCAGCAGCGUACAUGCCCGAGGAUGAGCUUAAGGCAGCCACUCAUGAUGAGGAAGAGCACCUGCAGGAUGACGGCCUCUCUUUAGAUGGACAGGACACAGAAUUCCUGUGCAAUGAUGAAGAGGAAGAUGUGGAUGGAGGCCAGCUACCCAGUUACAGAGACUCUCCACUCAGCAAUGGUACUAACCCAGAUGCUGGAUAUGGGUCUCCACUCAGUGAUGCUAGCGAACGACUUGCAGAUAUCAAGAGCACUUCUUCCAGGGACGGUCAGGAGAGGGAAGGCUCUGCUCCACCCUUCCGUCCCAACAACGGCCUGUCUUUCCAGGAUAGCCUGGCGCAAAUGAAAGCUGUCUAUGCAAACCUAAUCUCAGAUGCCUCUUGGUCUAGCAUCACAAUGGACAUCAUGAAAUCUAAGCCUGCUCCAGCUAGCAGUAUCAACACUGCUCUCAUGACUCCAGAGCCUGUCUCUGCUGUCUCAGUCUCACCAACUACAACUGCAAACAAGAGCAGUGUGGUGAACAUGGCUAACAGUCACCACAAUGGUAGAAACUCCACCAACACUAUCAACCACACAGGAAGCGUGAGUGCCAACACCAAUGGUACAACAACUAGCUCUGCAAGCAGCCACAGUGCAACCAGCAGCAGUGGAAGCAGCACUGGAGGAGCCAGCAAUGGAAGUGGUGUAGCCUAUGACUGGCAUCAGGCAGCACUUGCUAAAACUCUUCAGCAGACCCCAUAUCACCUUCUACCUGAGCCCAGCCUCUUCAGUACAGUGCAGCUCUACCGACAGAACAAUAAGCUGUAUGGUUCUGUUUUUACUGGGGCAAGCAAAUUUCGCUGCAAAGACUGCAGUGCUGCCUAUGACACACUGGUGGGCCUUACAGUCCACAUGAACGAGACGGGCCACUAUCGAGAUGACAACAAGGAUAAAGAGGAGGACCACGGUAAGCGCUGGUCUAAACCACGCAAACGUUCUUUGAUGGAAAUGGAGGGGAAAGAGGAUGCUCAGAAAGUACUGAAGUGCAUGUACUGCGGCCACUCAUUUGAGUCCCUACAAGAUCUCAGCGUACAUAUGAUCAAGACCAAGCAUUACCAGAAAGUGCCUCUAAAAGAACCAGUGCCAGCCCUGGCUACUAAGCUGGUGCCAACCUCAGCUAAAAAACGUGCUCUCCAAGAUGUUAUAGUCUCUCCAUGCUCCCCAGACUCCAUCCACGCUGGUAGUGGUGGUGGUGGUUCUGUGUCUCUUGGGGAUAUGGGUAAAGAUUCAAAAGCUGCAGCUAACCCCUAUGUGACACCGAACAACCGCUAUGGCUACCAAAAUGGUGCCAGCUACACAUGGCAGUUUGAGGCUCGUAAAGCGCAGAUCCUUAAAUGUAUGGAGUGUGGGAGCUCGCAUGACACAUUGCAACAGCUGACUGCCCACAUGAUGGUUACAGGUCACUUUUUGAAGGUUACAAACACUGCAUCUAAGAAGGGCAAACAGCUGGUCUUUGAUCCAAUAGUGGAAGAAAAGAUUCAGUCUAUCCCGCUACCCCCAACCACCACUCGACUCCCUGUUGCCACUACUGUUAAAUCCCAACCAGUAUCCCCUGCUAUCUCCUCUGGCUCUGAGGAUAAGAGGGAGGAGAUAGAGGAUGAAAAGGUUGAAGGAUGUGAGCCUAUUGAGAAAAAAAUCAAAGAGGAGAAAGAUGACUCAAGUGAGAAAUCAGAAACUGAUACUACAUCAUAUAAAUACCUUAGAGAAGAAGACCUAGAGGAAACACCUAAAGAGGGUUUAGAUAUACUAAAAUCUCUUGAAAAUACUGUAUCUAGUGCCAUCAGCAAGGCCCAGACAGGUGCACCCACAUGGGGUGGCUAUCCUAGCAUUCAUGCUGCCUACCAACUGCAAGGUGCAAUGAAAAGUUCAGCUACUGUUCUUCCCCCAACUGUCCAGAGUGUUCAGAUGCAGCCAAUGUUUAACAGUGGGCUACGAGGUCUUGUGAGUGACCCAAACUCUGUCAUCCACUCCCCUCGGAGCCCUUCCUCCCCAACUCCCCUCAGGAGCAAUGUCACUGCCAUGGAGGAGCUUGUUGAGAAAGUGACUGGAAAAACUGCCACGGUGAAAAAAGAAAAGGAGGAGAAGCUGGUCAGCCUGGAGAGAUGUAGGCCACCAUCAUUAGUGAAAUCACCUUCUCCUGCACUGAAAGAGCAGAGAGAGCAAUUACCAUCUCCAAAUGACCUUUCUGUAGGUAAACCAUCCGGAAUGAGAAGUAUCAGCCCAGGUAGUGUAGACUCAGGGCUCAUUUGUAAGAAGGAGCCCAAAGAGAGUCUAUUGGACGGCCACAGCAACCCUUCAAAAAAUGGAUCAGAGACAUCCCAAUCCCCAGUAACAAAUGGUAACAGUCUUGGCAUCAUCACUGAUCACUCACCUGAAAGUCCUUUCAUCAACCCUCUUAGUGCACUCCAGUCAAUCAUGAACACGCAUCUGGGAAAGGCCUCCAAAUCUUUGAGUCCAGCAGCAGAUCCACUGUCUAUGCUUUACAAAUUCAGCAACAGCAUGAUGGAUAAACCUGCGUUUACCACAGCUCCUCAGGGGAAGUUAGCUGAGCCCGUCAACCACUUUCAGCUGUAUGAAAACAACGACCAGCCCAUAGACCUGAGUAAGAAUAAGUCCACUACUAAUAGCAGUAACAACACCAACAGCAGCAGUGUUCUGUUGACCAGCAAUAGUGUAAAUGGCAACAAACCCCUUAUUUCCCUCCCUGAAUCUGUGUCCUCUCCUUUAAGAGAGAACGCUCUGAUGGACAUUUCGGAUAUGGUGAAGAACCUUACAGGAAGACUGACGCCCAAGUCAUCAACUCCCUCCUCCAUCUCAGAGAAGUCUGAUGCUGAUGGUAGUGCAUUCGAGGAUGCCCUGGAGGACCUCUCGCCGGUACAGAAGAGGAAAGGGAGGCAGUCAAAUUGGAACCCUCAGCAUCUUCUCAUCCUGCAAGCGCAGUUUGCCUCUAGCCUGAGGGAGACCCCAGAGGGCCGUUACGCAAUGACUGACCUGGGCCCUCAGGAAAGGGUCCACAUCUGUAAAUUCACAGGGCUGUCAAUGACAACCAUAUCUCACUGGUUGGCAAAUGUGAAAUAUCAGCUGAGACGGACUGGGGGCACCAAAUUUCUCAAGAACAUGGACUCAUGCCAGCCUGUGUUCCUCUGUGGUGACUGUGCCUCUCAGUUCAGGACUCCCUCCUCCUACAUCAGCCACCUGGAGUCUCACCUGGGCUUUAGCCUGAAGGACCUGUCCAAACUGUCAGCGGAGCACCUACGGGAGCAGCAGGCUGCCUCAAAGGUGAUCACAGACAAAAUGACAUUCGGUAGCCAACUGUCAGCCUUGACCACACCGGAGGAUGACACGGGCUCUGUGUACCAGUGCAGACUUUGCAAUCGGACAUUCGUCAGUAAACACGCAGUCAAAUUGCACCUCAGCAAGACCCAUGGCAAGUCUCCAGAGGACCACCUGGUGUUUGUCACUGCUCUGGAGAAACUGGAGAAGCUCGACAAAAUGGAGAAAGUUUAAUCAAGCAAAUCCGUGAGCUGCUGAGGGAAAAGACUGACAGCUGUGGAACUGACUAGAAUUUUAUUGCACUAAAAUGACAUUGUUCACAGUUACUGCACUGGGCUGAACUGAGCCGCCAGAAGAAAAAAAAAUCAGUCUUACUAUUUUUAGUUGUGACGACUGCCUGACUGGACCAUUUCAAUGUCGUUUCUUUUGUUUUGCCAAGCUUUUUUACACUUAUUUUGUAAAAUAUUUAUAUGCUAUUUGUCUGACCUGUGCAUGUAUUUUAGUGAAACAAGGUUAAACAUGAGAUUAAAAUUUUUUUAUGGCAAAAAUACAACUACUGCUUCAAUGCUGAAAGUGGCGAGUGGCAUAAAUUGGAAGUCAGGACUGUGUAAUACUUGAUAUCAAGAAAAUGAACAUUAAAUGUGUACACCAAAAGAAUGAAAGGAGGAUACCCUGAAAGACUGAAGUACAGUAGCACCUUAGACAGUUGAAUUUGUGAAGAUGACAUCUUUUCAAGUAUCUUGCAUUUCUUAAAAUCUGAUUUGAAAAGAUCCAAGAAUUAUCAUUCCCACCUUUCCAAUUUUUCCUCCUUGUUAUUUUUUUCUCUAACUUUUUUAAAAUAAUGAAUAGCCUGCUUAUAAAUCUGUUGGUGUAUUUAAAAAAAAGAUAAUUUGGAAAACUAAAAUGCUGCUUCUUGGUUUCAAGUGAACGGCCAUCUGUAUGCAAGUUUGCUCUCGAAAAAAGAAGCUUUCCUCGCUGUGAAGUAUCACUUUAUAGCAAUUUUCCAGUUGUAUGGUUUGUUACAAGUUUCUCUUUCUAAAUUGUGUCGCUUUGUUCAGCUGUAAAGAGAACAGUCCGUUACAUGUACAUGACCACCAGUGAAACGUCAGUGCUCCAUGAGACAUAUCUUAUACCAUUUAAAAAGGCUCAACAUUCUUUGUAUCUUAAGGUGUGUGCAUUCUCUAACUUUUAUAUUGUCAUUUUAUAUAGAAAAAUGAUUAAAAAAAUAACAUAAAAACAGAUGGUGUACAUAAAUAUAUGCUGUAGAGCUACAAAAUGUCAUUUUUUAAAGAAAAAUACAAAUUAAGCUACUUUGGCUCGUUUACAGAAAUGAUUUUAAUUAUACUUGCAUCCAAUUUGAUGCAUGAAAUGGUGUGGAAAAUAAAUAAGCGAUGCACAAUGACUAUACAAUUCAAUGUUUUAUUGACGAUAUUGUAAAAAAAAGAAACAAAACAAACUUUUUAGCACCAGUUAGUUUGUUUCCUUUUCUUUCUCAAUUGUAAAAUAAACCCCAAAGCAGUUGUUAACAGUCA